AUCCAUUACCAAAAAUAUCAAUUUUUUCUCUUUUAAAAUCCAAAAUAAAAGAUCUUAUCUCUUCUCCCUCAGUUCACUGUCACUUAACCAAAGCUACAACAAUGGCAGCAAAUCCUCAAUAACAAAAAAGAAAAAGAGAGUAAUGGCCAUUACUACAACAAGAUUGACGGAAAUGCCCCUCAGAACCCCACUCCCUUUCUCAUCCAAUUCCUAUUCUUCUUCUCUCAACCUUUUCUUCUCACUUCCAAAGCCUUCAUUUCGUUUCCUCACUGCUUCCUCUUCUCUCCGCUCCGGAAUUAAUCCGGGUUCCAUUUCGAACCGCUAUUCUCACCCGUGGUAUCAUCGCCUAUCCACCGGCGCCUCUUGUUCUUCUUCUUCUUCCCUUCAAGCUUGGUCUUCUCCUUCUGAAAAAGUCAUCCAAUCGGACGGUAACGGUAAGGUGGACUCUGAAACUCGGUAUCUCAAUAAAGGGCAAAGCGCUAUAGACAGAAUUGUUCUCAGGUUACGGAACUUAGGGUUAGGAUCAGAUGACGAAGACGAAGAAGAUGACGGAACUGACGAUUAUAAUUCGACGCCGGUGAUUGGAGAAGAGAGGUUAGGUGAUUUGUUGAAGAGAGAAUGGGUUCGGCCUGAUACGAGGCUGAUAGAGAAAGAAAAAGAAGAAGCUGUGCUGCCGUGGGAGCGAGAGGAGGCGGUGGUGGAGGUGGUGGUGAAGGAGGGAGGUCUACUAAAAAAGAGGACAGUCAAGGCGCCAACAUUGGCUGAGCUGACAAUUGAGGAUGAGGAGCUUAGGAGGUUGAGGAGGAUGGGGAUGCAUUUAAGGGAAAGAAUCAAUGUACCCAAGGCGGGGAUUACGAAGGUGGUUCUUGAAAAGAUUCAUGAUAAGUGGAGAAAGGAGGAGCUAGUUAGGCUUAAGUUUCAUGAAUUUCUCUCCGUCGAUAUGAGGACUGCUCAUGAGAUUGUUGAGCGUCGUACAGGAGGGUUAGUUAUAUGGAGAUCUGGAAGUGUUAUGGUGGUCUAUCGUGGGAGUAACUACGAAGGUCCUUCUAAAUCCCAAUCCGGAGAAGGAGAAGCUCUUUUUAUCCCAGAUGUUUCUUCUGCUGGCAAAAGAGAAAGUGAAACAGGCUCAGCUUCAACCUCAGAAAAAUCUGAUAAAGUUGUGGUGAAGCCAGAACGUAGUGAAAGCAUGACUGAGGAGGAAGCUGAGUAUAACAGCCUACUAGAUGGUCUAGGACCUCGAUUUGUUGAGUGGUGGGGCACAGGAAUACUUCCAGUUGAUGCUGAUUUACUUCCUCCAAAGAUACCUGGUUAUAAAACACCUUUCAGGCUUCUUCCUGCUGGAAUGAGACCACGGCUGACCAAUGCAGAGAUGACAAAUUUACGGAAAAUUGCUAAAUCACUUCCUUGUCAUUUUGCCCUAGGGAGGAAUAGAAACCACCAGGGAUUGGCAGCAGCAAUAAUUAAACUUUGGGAGAAAAGCCUCGUUGCAAAGAUUGCUGUAAAACGAGGUAUUCAGAAUACAAAUAACAAGCUUAUGGCUGAGGAGCUAAAGAACUUAACUGGAGGUGUCUUGCUGCUUAGAAACAAGUAUUUUAUUGUUAUAUACCGCGGAAAAGAUUUCCUUCCAACAAAUGUUGCAGCUGCUCUGGCAGAAAGACAAGAUUUGACAAAACAGAUACAAGAUGCUGAAGAGAAACUCCGGAUCAAAGCAGUUGAGCCAGCUCAAUCAGGUGAAGACAAAGGACAGGCACCAGCUGGUACUUUGGCUGAGUUUUAUGAGGCUCAAGCCCGCUGGGGAAGAGAUAUAUCUGCUGAAGAACGUGAAAAGAUGAUUGAAGAAGCUUCCAAAGCUAAGCAUGCUAAACUCAUAAAACGCGUGGAACAUAAGUUAGCUAUUGCCCAAGCCAAAAAGCUUAGAGCAGAGAGACUACUAGCUAAAAUAGAAGCCUCCAUGAUCCCUGCUGCUCCUGAUUAUGACCAAGAAACAAUCACUGAUGAGGAACGGGUUAUGUUUCGCAGAGUUGGUUUAAGAAUGAAACCGUACUUACCUCUUGGUGUUCGUGGUGUUUUCGAUGGUGUCAUUGAAAAUAUGCAUCUGCAUUGGAAGCACCGAGAACUUGUGAAGCUAAUAUCCAAACAAAAGGUCCUUGCAUUUGUUGAAGAUUCAGCAAGGUUAUUGGAGUAUGAAAGUGGUGGGAUACUGGUGGCAAUAGAAAGGGUCCCCAAAGGAUAUGCUCUUAUCUACUAUCGUGGAAAAAAUUACCGUCGACCCAUUAGCAUAAGGCCAAGAAACCUUCUAACAAAGGCAAAGGCAUUGAAGCGCUCAGUUGCAAUGCAACGCCAUGAGGCUCUAAGUCAGCAUAUUUCUAAAUUGGAGAAUACCAUUGAGCAAAUGAAAAAGGAAAUUGGUGCUUCGGAAGAUGGUGAUGAUGAUAAUAAUAGGGGCUCAGGCGAGCAUGGCCAGUUUGAUCCCGUCUCGGAACUCUCCGAAAGUGAGGAUGAAGAAAACAUAGCAUCUGACACUGAUGAUGAAUACAAAAAUGAGUUUGAUGACUAUGAAGAUGAUAGCGAAUUCGUUGACGACCAUGAUGAAGGUGAUAGCGAAUUUGUUGAUGACGACGAUGAAGAUGAGGCUGACAACAGUGAGUGGGAAGAUGAAGAAUCUUUACAAUCAAACAUUAAAAAAUCCAAUUUACGCAGCCAUCGUUGAUCAAGUUUCUGAAAAUUUUGGAGUUAACAGUUUCUCAUGUUCGCCAUAGCCCCUUGAGGUAUGUGAAGUCUCAGGCCGUGACAUGCGCAUAUUUUUACCAGCGAGUAUUUUAUACAUCAUGACUGAAUUGGGGAAGGGCUUACAUGUAUCAAGUGUCAUGGACUACCAUCAAAGGUUUUGAUGCUUGAGUAUGUGAAACAAGGUGGUUCAAUCUGGGUAGUUGUGCCAUACCAUUUUUGUAAUGUAUUUCGUUUCUCAAUUAAGGUUGGGGUACAUUUGAGAACUUGAAUUUCAAAAAUUAGUGUAACUUGUUUAAUAAAAAUACAUGUAAAUGUUGAUUAUUUUUUAGAUGUAAUGAUGUGUCUGAUUUUUUUUUUUUUCGAGUUUAAAUACUUAUUAUGAAUUUUGAAAUGUAUAUUUUAUACCUUUGAAGUAUAUAAUUGUAUUGAACCUUAACUAGCAUAUACACAAUAAA